CCUCCUGCCUCCUGUCCAUUCUCAAUAUGGAAAGCGAGAUGAUGUCAUAUUGUCACUUUCACCAUCGACAGUGGAGAGGAGAACACCUUGGGAGCUCUUGGACUAGCUGAAAACACCCCCCGGAGUGACAGGGCAUUUCUGAGCAUCGCAAAGAUGUGCAGACUGACAGUCUUCAUUGUGGCUGCCUGUGCAUUGAUGGUGGGUCUCUCAGUCUGCUGCCCCCAAAGAAGAUACCACGUCGGUAGCGAUACAAAGACCUGGGACCAAGCUCGUCAAUACUGUCAAAGUAAUUUCACUGAUCUGGUUAGUGUUCGCAGUGAAGCGGAAAUGCUGACAGUCACGGCACUGAUCUCCCGGGUCUCAGGUUACUGGUUUUGGCUGGGUCUGCGCAGAAACACAACCAACUUGCCUUGGGAAUGGUCAACUGGUGAGGCCUUUCAAUACAGCAACUGGAGGAACGGGGAGCCAUUUGUUAAAGCAGACUGUGGAGCCAUGGAUCCCAUUGGAGAGUGGGCAGCUGGUAGUCAUGAUAUCUAUUUGAACUUCAUCUGUAUGGCAGGACCUUCUGCGCAGUGCGGUCAGAGGGAGUACUUCCUGGUUCACACAGUGAAGAAUGCGGACGAAGCCAGAGAACACUGCAGAUCUCUGUACACAGACCUGGUGAGCAUCACAAGCCAAGAUGUGCUCCUGGAUAUCGAACAGCUGAUGAACAAAACCACUUCCAAUAUCGACUACUGGAUAGGACUGAGGAGGGACGAUGGGUCUUGGGGCUGGGGAAACAGGGAAACUUUCAGCUACAGCAACUGGGGAGCAGGACAGCCAGGGAGCAAUGGAACCUGUGUGACGAUCAAGACCUCUCAAUUGAAUUUUGGGGAAUGGAUGGUGGACAACUGCACUGACAACAAGGAGUUUAUCUGUUACAAAGAUCUACAGAACACCACCACUGUUCUGUCUGACUCUCAGAACUCUCCAACCACCGGGCCAGCCGCUUCCCAAAUACCAGAUGGAGGAGAACAAUCCCAGCAGCCUUCCACGAUGGGCGGCACCUCUCCUCAAGCCAGCUCCCCUGGGCACUCCAGCUCCUGGCUCCCUGGCACUUCACCUGCAGUAACAGAUCCAAACCCCUCAGACCCUCCUUCCACUCCAGUCUCUAAAGAUCCAAACCCCUCAGACCCUCCUUCCACUCCAGUCUCUAAAGAUAACAUGGCAAUCGGAAGGGUCAAAUUGACCGCACCAAGAGGAAUGAAUCUUGAAGACCCCAAAGUGAGCGAAGCCAUUUUAGAGCAGAUUCGGGAGCACUUCUCCAAGAAUUUUCCGAUGGAAGACGUUAAGAUGCGCUGGAGAAAACAAAAUGGAGAGAUUUUCCACAAGGACGAGGAAGAGGAGGAGUAGGAAGAGGAGCUCCAAGCAGUGAGAUACCAGCACAGGCAUGACGAGUGUGACUCAGGGCAUUUUGUCAUUGAUCUCUAUUAUAAACUAAUCAAAGCGUGCUUGUAUUUCUCAAUGUUUUAUAUACAUUGGUGGUUGGUAUUAGAUCAAAUAGAUUCACACUGGGAUUAAAGUUUAUUUAAGGCUUCUGAGUGUGUGUUUAAUGUUAUAUUAGCAACUACAACUAUAAUUUAAAUUAGAUGUGUUGAGGGUUUCAGUUUUAGAUUCAUUUUACAAUAUCUACUGGUACAACUCUGAUUUAUUUUAAGGUGUGGGUUUUAGUUAUAUGUUACCUACUGGUACAACAUUUAUAUUAUGGUGAUGGGUGUAAUUUUAAUUUAUAAUAAGUACAAUACAUAUUACAUUAGUUACUAGUGAAACUGAUUUAUUUAUUUAUUUAUUUAUUUAUUUAUUUAUUAGCAGACGCCCUUAUCCAGGGCGACUUAGAGUCGUAAACAAAAAUACAUUUCAAGAAUCACAGUACAAGUAAUAAUACAAUUAAGAGCAAGAUAAAUACAAUGACUUUGGUAUUUUAUUAAGGAUAAAAUAUUAAGGAUUUACAAUGUUUGUUCAACUUAAAAUAGAAAGAGAGAAAUAAUUUGCAGAGUGAUUACAAGUAGGUCAGUUUGCAAAGGCAAGAUCGGAAAAAUGGACAACUUGCAAGUUACUGCACAAUCCCAUAGGGGGCGCAAUAAAAAAAAAAAUACUAUGGGAAAGGGUGGAGGCAAUAAUAAUAAUGGAAUUACUGGAUUUGAAAAGUCUUGAUGCUACAAACUUUAUGAACAAGAAAUUAUGGUUUAAUUGCUUAUCGGACAGACAGGGAUCCGACAUACAGCACAUAAAGAAAAUUCUUAUUUUUUGUACAUGAUCCUAUAGCGAAAGGAAUUUGACAGCUCUUGAGCUGAGCCUCUUCCACAAAUCAGUCUGCAGAAGUUCUGAGCAGGAGCUGCAAGGGAGUCUGGGUAAGCGAGACUAGUUGCCCUAGUGCAGGGGUCAGUAACAUUGACCCUUCCAGUCCAGGUCUUUGUUCCAACCAUGUCCUUAAUCACUACCUGGAUGAAUGGCCCUCCAGGACUGGAGUUGUCUAUCGCAAUGGAAGCAAUCCUGCAGCAUAGUUUAAGAGUGGUGGCGCCCCCUGUGGGCUUUAUAAUCAGCCUGUAUUUAAAAAGAAACACCAGCAUGUGUCUGCUAAGAAAUAAAUAAAUAAAUAAAUAAAUAAAUAAUAAUAAUAAUAAUAAUAAUAAUAAUAAUGUAGAGUGAAAGGACAGCAGUGUUUAGAUCCACUGCUGUUUAUUAAACCAAUGUUGCAUGACAGGAAACCAAAAAUGAUCAAAAAAAUGAUUUAGUUUAGUCAAAAGAAAACCCAGCUAAAUUAUUUUUAAUAACACAUACUGGACAAAAUCUUGACUUGAUAAUGCAGUGAAAGAGAGUCACGCAAUAUGUUUAAAAUUUUAAAGACGUGUUCUGGUCUCAAACACAGAGUCAGGUCCACCUGAUUCAAAGUGGACGCAAUGCACCAUGGGGUUAAACCAUGAAGGCUAUGUGUAAGGGUAUCUGUGCUUUGCAUGAAGAUUAAUAGAUAUGAAACUGAUUAGGAAUAAGAUCAUUUCUCACUAUUCAUAUUCUGUAUUUCUGAAAGCAGUUUUG